UCUUUUGCUUCUAUUCCGAUUUUUUUUUUUUCUUUCCUUUUUAUACGUGCUUCAUACCAUUUAUUCCUCAAUUUAUCUCUCAUGUGCCUUCGAACUCCGCUGGCUUGCGAUGCGGCUCUUAUUCGAUUGUCAAACGGUGCAUUGGCUAACCUUGAUGCUAUCUUCACUCCAUUAGUAUCCUCCGGCUUCGUACCCUCCAACUUCAUAUCCCCCGACUUCCUAUCCACCACCAGAGCACCAAUACCCGCCUGCACCUGGGCAGUAUCCGCCUCCGCCGAACAUGGCAGCUAUCCCCCCUCCACAGUCGCAGGACCCCUACCGCAUGGCACCCCCUCCCGGCUCCUACCGCCCCCCAGACAUGUACAGCGCACCCCCUCCGCCUCAAGUAGUCUACCAAGCUGCUGCUCCCCGUCAGCGGACUGCCAUCGCGUGUCGUUAUUGCCGGAGACGGAAGAUUCGUUGCUCGGGAUUUGAAAGCUCUCAGGAUGGACGCUGCAGCAACUGCAUCCGCUUCAACCAGGAGUGCAUGUUCACGCCAGUCUCAUCCCAGGCGCAAGCCUUUGUACCUGCCCAUGCCGCCUACCCGCACCUACGGAAUGCCCAAAACCAAGGCCGCGGACCGCCUCCUGGAGGAGUGAUGCUCUAUGGUGCCCAUGGCCAGCCUCUCCCACCACAGCAGCAGCCGGAGAGUACACUUCCAUCCGCGUACCCUCCUCAAUACGCAAACGCUCCUCCUCUACCCAAUGGAGCUCAGGAUCAUAGGCCUGUCGGUCGUCGAGGAUCAAGCUCCGGUUUUGAAUAUCCCGAUCCCACAAAUCUCGCCCCGGUAACACCCGCUUCAUCUGCCUCUGGCUAUCAGACGUAUAGUGCGACGAGUCCAUACUACCCGCCGCCUCCUCAGCAUGAGCGACGUACCUCUCCGCAAUCUAGUUACCCCUAUGAUGGUCGCCAUUCCUCGUCUCCUCACAGCUCCCCGUAUCCCCCUGUUCACCCCAACCAAGGGGCGAUGACUCCUCCCCCUACUUCCACCCCGGGUGGUUCAUCUCGCGGUGGACUGAACGUGCGAGAUAUGUUGAACCCUGGAGAAGGUCAGAACCCGGGCCAAGGUCGUUCUAGCACCGAUAGUGACAUGCUCAAUGCAUUGAACCGUCGGGGCCUAGGCCAAUAGAUUUGCGACAUAUGCAGGUAUGCAGCCAACGGGUUGGCUAUGAUGGGGAUUAGGGUGGUUUGACGGUUAUGAGUUCGAAAGAUCAUGGAGAUGCAGCGGAAGGCGACACCUUCAAAUUCGUCAAUGGCUGACGCGCAAAGCUUGUGUGCUGGUCACACUUCCAUGUGAUAGUCAUGGUAAUAUCAUCCCAUGCUU